CACCCAGGCGGGUGGGUGGAGCUUUGCUCCGCCACUCGAUCUGGUCUGAACCGGAGGCAUUUCAAUCCUGGUCUCGUGUUAGUACCUUUUCCAAAGAGAACGGAAGCUGUGUAACAUCUAAGACAAACGAUUUCCUGAUAUACAUCGAGUUCUGGAAUUUUUUUAAGAAUCAUACAACUCCAGGAAUGCUGAAUAUGGAUGUAGAGAAUCAAUCGGUGCUCUUUCGUCCCAAUGGAUCUGCAUCUGAACAGGAAAAAGAACCAGUACCUUUAACACAGAGAUUAUUGUCAGCUUGCUAUCAACACAAAAAGGCAAUAACUGGAAUGAUCAUUUCUGGCCUCGUCCUUUGCUCUGUCUUCUUAGGCCUGAGAAUCUUAAUGUCAUUAAACUGUCCAUCUAUUACAUGUCCAUCUGUUACAAGUCCAUCUGGUACAUGUCCAUCUGUUACAUGUCCACCUGACUGGAUUGGACACCAGAGACACUGCUACAAAUUUUCAGACAAGGAUAAGAACUGGAAUGAGAGUCAGAACUUCUGUAUGUCACAUAAUGCUUCUCUGGCAAAAAUUACAGAAGAAGAGAUGGAUUUUGUGAAGAAGUUCACAAGAGACAAUGUCUUUUGGAUCGGCCUCAAGAAAGAACUGGAUCAGCUCUGGAAAUGGCUAGAUGGAGAAAAUUCCACGUUGGAAGUCAUGGGAAAUGGAGGAGACUGUGCGUAUUUGGAUGGUGGUGCCAAGGCCAACUCAGGGAGAUGCACCACUGAACACCACUACAUCUGCAAAAAAAAUUGAUCCAAACAUUUUCUGUGCCUUAUGGAAACUGAGAUUCUUCACCUUGGUCUGCAAGAUUGCUCAAACUAAACCUGGCUGCUUCACUUUGAGAUGCACUUCUUUUAUUACUAGAGGCCCAUUCAGUUUUUGGAACAGGCUCUAAAUAGGCUGCUCCAUAACUUUGUAUCUGUCAGUCUUUGAACCUGUGUUUCUUUUUCCUUCUGCUAUGGCUUGUAAAGCUCUAUUUUGUACUGCCCAUUUUUUAUACAGGGCAUCUUUUAUAAUGUUAUAAUAAAAAUAUAUAUGGCAGCUUUGGAAGCCAUACUAGGCCGAAGGCUUCCAUACGCUGCCACAGUUCUCCUCUGUGGGAAAAGAGGGGAGGAGGGUGGUAGUGCAAGGGAUGAUUAGACAUAACUUUUUUUUUUCCUGCCGGUCAAGGUCAAGCUGGGUUGGCAUCUGUAGAAGGAGUGGCUGGAGUGAUGCUUCGACAUGGGAUGGUUGGAGAUUGGAGCAUGUGACCGGCAGAGGGGUCGUGAGGGUGGAGACUUUGGGGUUUGUAUUACUGAGGGACGAACCGGAAUCCCCGGUUUCGGUUUUCAUCCAACUGUGCCAGUUUACCUAUGCCAGUAAAAGAACUUUGAAAGA